AGUUUUGGUUUAAUCGAAGCACCAAGCUUCUUCAGCGAAAAUCAAAGAAUCGAGAACCCAGAAGAAGACGAACUGUGAUUAAAACUUCUCUUCAGCUGUUUAAAAAUGUCUCGGAGGUAUGAUAGUCGGACUACAAUUUUCUCACCAGAAGGUCGUUUGUACCAAGUGGAAUAUGCUAUGGAAGCUAUUGGCAAUGCUGGUUCUGCUAUUGGAAUCUUGGCGAAAGAUGGAGUUGUGUUGGUUGGGGAGAAGAAAGUCACUUCUAAACUUCUUCAGACCUCUUCAUCAAUGGAAAAAAUGUACAAGAUCGAUGACCAUGUGGCCUGUGCUGUGGCUGGUAUAAUGUCUGAUGCCAACAUUCUGAUCAAUACUGCUCGAGUCCAAGCUCAGCGUUACACUUUUAUGUACCAAGAGCCAAUGCCCGUUGAGCAGCUGGUUCAGUCUCUAUGUGAUACCAAGCAAGGAUACACGCAGUUUGGAGGUCUUCGCCCAUUUGGAGUUUCCUUUCUUUUCGCAGGCUGGGACAAGAACCACGGGUUUCAACUGUAUAUGAGUGACCCAAGUGGAAACUAUGGUGGAUGGAAAGCUGCAGCCGUUGGAGCAAAUAACCAAGCGGCUCAGUCUAUUCUUAAGCAAGACUACAAGGAUGAUGCAACGAGAGAAGAGGUGGUUCAGCUCGCUAUCAAGGUUUUGAGCAAGACGAUGGACAGCACAAGCUUGACAGCUGAGAAACUCGAGCUUGCUGAGGUGUAUCUGACUCCAUCAGGAAGUGUUAAGUAUCAUGUUCACUCGCCUGACUCGCUGACUAAGCUCUUGGUGAAGCAUGGUGUGACGCAACCAGCUGCUGAAACUUCCUAAUCUUGAAACACUGGUCAUAGCGUAUUUUAUCCAACAUUCUGUGUUGUAGUUCCUCAUUCGCGUUUCUUUUACUUUGGAUUAAAAGAUAUCGUAUCAGUAACAGUUACCACUCUGGUUAUGACAUGAUACAUGUGAUUGAUGAUCUUUAUUUUCGUUAGGUUUAUUUUGUUAUGAAUCGAAUCAAAACCUUUUAAUUCUGCAA